AUGGCCUCCGCCGCCUUCUCCUUCCCGGCGGCGCCGCCGGCGAUGGAGAGCAGGAUAUGGCGGCGGCUGCCGGAGAAGCUCCUGGAGAGAGUUCUCGCCUUCCUGCCGCCGGCGGCCUUCUUCCGGGCCAGAGCCGUCUGCCGACGAUGGUACGCCCUCCUCUUCUCCGACGCCUUCCUGGAGCUGCAGCUCCGCCUGUCCCCCCGCCGCCGGUGGCUCCUCUUCUUCCAGCACGACCUCCCGGCGAGCUUCGUCUACUCCGGCGAACCCGCGGCGGCGGCGCCGCCCCCCCGCCACGGCCUCCUCUUCGACCCCGACGAGUUCCGCUGGCGGCGCCUCCCCUUCGACGCCGUCGUCCCGCCGGACUUUUACCCCGCCGCCUCCUCCGGUGGCCUCCUCUGCUGGCUCCCCCUCUGCCCCGGCCCCAAGCCGCUACUCCUCUGCAACCCGCUCUCCCGGCUGGCGUUGCAGCCGCCCCCCUCCCUCCGCCACCGCCUUCUCCCCUCCGUGGGUUUCGCCGUCGGCGAGACCUCCCUCGUCGUGCUCCUAGCCGGUGAUGACCUCAUCUCCCCCUUCGCCGUCAAGAACCUCACCGCCGAGCGCCUCCUCAUCGACGGUCUCAGCGGCCGGUACACCCCGUGGGGGGCCCCGGCGGCGCCACCGCCCCGCCUCUGCAACCUCCCCUCUGGCCGAAUGAUCUUCCACGGCGGCAGCUUCUUCUGCAUGAGCCACAGUCCCUUUGCUGUGCUCUCCUACGACAUCGCCGGCGACGUUUGGAAGAAAUUGCAGGCCCCCAUGAAGAGGUUCCUCCGUUCCCCGAGCCUGGUGGAGCUCGCCGGAGGCGUGGCGAUGGUGGCGGCGGUGGAGAAGAGGAAGCUGGCGGUGCCGAGGAGCGUGAGGGUGUGGGGGUUGAAGGAGGGGGGUUGGGCGGAGGUGGAGAGGAUGCCGGCGGCGGUGCACGAGGAGUUCGCGGCGGAGGAGAGGGGGAGGGGGUUUGAGGCGGUGGGGGAGGGGGGGACGGUGGCGAUAACGAUCAGGGGGUCCGGUGCCGUGCUGGUGUUCGAGCUCCGGCGGAGGGAGUGGCGGUGGCUGCCGGCGUGCCCGUUGCUCCGCAAUGGCGCCGCCUGCGGCGGUGGCGGAGGGCUGCGCGGGUUUGCGUUCGAGCCCCGCCUAGCCACCCCCGCCCUGGGGCUGCUCCAGGCGGCUCCGCCGACGCCGUUCCCUUUCCAGGGUUAG